AUGUCUGGUUUUGGCGAUGGUACCGGCCCAAAGAAUGAGAAGCAGGUCAGCCGUGGUGGCCUUGGAGCCCCUUGGGAACCUGGACUAGCCCUGGAUUUGGGGCCAAUAGGAAAUGAUGAGGGCCGAAGUCAAGGCCCGGACCAGGGAGAGGGCGGGCUCUCAAGCCUGCAGGCCAUCCCGUGGCAACUGGAGUUGGACUCUGGGUCAGAGCCAGAGCUGGAAGUGAUCCAGGGGGGAGUGGCCGGGCUUUGGGGCAAUGAGGAUCGGCCUAGCACUCCUGCCCCUAACAGGAAGAGUGCUGUGGCUUCCAUGUCCCGGUUCACUGAGGGGUGUGCAGACAUUGUACAGCCACUGCGCCACACAGGUUUCCAGGCCAUGCGCAGAUUCCGGAGCAUAGAAAGCGGCGCCACCGAAGCGGCCGCCAUUAGGGCGCACGUUGAGGCAGGACCCGGUGGUAGAGGCGCGCUGGGCUGGAGCUGUGUGGAGUCGAUGCAGGCUUGUGCUGCCCCUCAGCACGUGAGUGCUCCCAGGAAAGAAGGCCGCGGCCAGCGCCAUAGUAAGAGAAGAGCUGCCAGACGUCGUUCAAGCACCAACACUGAUGACCAGCGCACCUGUGGUGAAGGCCUGGCAGGGCUGCCUUCGGAUACCGAGUCCUCCGAUGAGCUCAAGGACAUGCAGCUCAGGGGGGCAGGCAUUCCUCUGAAACGGGAUAGCCAGGCCAAGUGUAGUAAUCUUGCGCAACCAGCAGAGAGCCCCAGACGCUUGAUGUUUCAUCGCAGGGAGACUUUCCCUCACAUUUCAGGCCCUGUCUUGACCUCUACUGUCUGGGGUCUCACUUGUGCCAUGGAAAGGCAGGUCCUGGGCGAGUCAAUGCCCUCUUCCUCAACUUCCUCAAAGAAAAUGCAGAAGGGAGGGGGCAGGCCUAGAUUCCCAAGGGGUGAUGCUGCUGCUACUGGUGGUGGUACAGAGGUCCUUCCUCAGGCCACUCCUAGGAGGCAGUCGUCACAGGAGAAGAAAUCCCCAGGGAAUGCCCCUGGAGUUGUCCUGGGGACAAUCUUUUCACCAUGGGGCAAGAGACAAUCUGCAGCUCCCAUUGAUCCAGCCACUAUCCCUCCAGUGUCUGGUAUUUCACUGCUUAGGAAGUCCAGCACAUCUUCUUCGCUCCCUUGGGAACCCAAACAGUCUAAGCAGGGCUGUGUUGGGAAGAAAUCUGGGGCCAGGAGGAAGUCUCAGCCUGUGGAUGCAGGAGACUUUGACCCAAAUAGAAGUCCAGAACAAAGGGCCCACCUUCCAGCUCGCAGGUCAGGGAGGCCUUGUUGGUAUGUACAUCAUGGAGAAUUCAGCACUGGGGACUCUGACACCCAAGACCCACAAGUUGCAGCAAAUUUUCAGCCUUUAUCCCCAAGCCAGGGAAGUGUCACAUCUAGAGGUCCUACAAUCUCUGGUGAACAGGAGCCACCUGUCCGUCUUCAGAGACCAGAAAUGGAGCAGUUACCACCUGGAAUCGAGGGCUGUCCUCGGGUUGAACUGGGCAUCUUCUACCAGACAAGUUUCCAGCACAAACCGAAGGGGCACAUUGCUGCUGCAGGCACGGUGGAGAAUUCAGCCGUGGGGACUCUAAUAUCAGAGAUGCACAAGUUCUAUCAAACUCACAGCCUUUGGCUUUUAGCCCAAGAAGCCUCACACCAAGAGGAAUUGGACUCUAUGGAUUGUGUCAAGAACUCAGGUGGAGGGACCAUCACGCUUGUGACAGUCACAGGCCUCAGAGCCAGAAAAGAACACCACUGA